AUGACGAAGGCCCCAGAUGACAAUGAUGACCAGGAAACGGCGUGGCCGGUUGCCGACAAGCCUUCUGUGCCGGGUAAACUUCCUGUCGCUCUGCAAGAGCUUCUCCAUCGCUAUGACAUCUACGAGGACCACUAUGCUUCUUACUCCGUCGACUCAACCGACACAAACCUCCGCUAUGCAGCCUACGGAAGCCGCGUUCGCACAAUCCUCCUCUCCGCCCACCGCUACGUCGCCUACACAUCAGACGUCGGCGAGUCAUUUCGCCCUGUCGCACACCCAUGGCUCAUUCGCUCCGCCUACGGUAUCUCCUGGGCCUAUCUAGUCGGCGAUGUAAGCCACGAAGGCUAUAAAGCUUACCUGCGCAACCGUCGCGCUCUUACCCCGCCGGGCGAAGCAUACAAGGACGCCAGCGAGCCCGAUGAUGCAUCACAGGCACAGAUCAUUCGUGGCAUGGCUACUGGAAAUCUCUCUCGUUCUUUAAAUUCAUCCGACUCGCUGGAGCCCUGGCCACAGGUGCAAAUCUCGCUUGCGGAAGACUAUCGCAUGAUCAUGGCGAAACGCGCUAUUUUCCAGAGUGUUGCUAGCAUGGGAUUGCCAGCGUUCACCAUCCACAGCGUGGUUAAAUACUCGGGACGUAUGCUCAAGGGGAGCAAAUACACGCUUUUGCGGACUUGGGGGCCCAUCGGACUUGGUCUAUCUGUCGUUCCAUUCCUUCCGUAUCUCUUCGAUCACCCUGUUGAGGAGGCUGUGGACUGGGCUUUCGGUACCGCCCUCCGCGCUUACGGGGGCGAAGACGCUGUUCGGCCGCUGCCUACGCAUGCCCACGACUUGUAUGCCAAUGGUGUGCCAGAGACUGAAACCCCCGUUACAUCGGCUGCGGCGAAGCUUUCCUGGGAGGAAUACAAGGUCGAGCGUGAACACGUCCGGGAGGUCCGUCGUGAGCAGAAUGCGGGGAAGUGGUGGGGUAUACUUGGCGGAUGGUCGGGAGGUGAUGGGAAGAGCAAGAAAGAGUAA